GUUCUUGUCGGAGCGACUUGCAAAGUGAUACAAAUUUUCCAGCCGUACCUGCGGAGAAUCGCGGCCGGUUAGUUGUUUUUCAGCACUCACCGGCACAAAUGCUGCCGAAAUCCUUGUCCGAGGCGCCAGAAUAUGUUUGUUUCAAAGGAACGACUUGAAUGUUUUUGGCGCAGUGGGACUCCAAACCAUGUGACGGAAAAAAGAGAUAGCCAGCACCAGCAACAACAACUAUUAUCACCCUUGAAAAGAAAGUGCCAUUAUGAAGUCGACUGGACGCCGGUGCUGGAGUCUCACAUCAGUAUUAACAUUUGUCGUUGGCACAUUUUUCAUGCUUUCCUAUCACGUCCACCUGCAUAAAGAUGCCCCUCGCCAAAGAAAUCAAAGAACUGAUAACAUGCUCAACCCUCCCGCCACUCAUCGUCUGACCUCCCUUGCCGAUGACUACCAUCAACUGAUCAACCUGACUGACUUCACCUUUCAAAUCCUUGCAAACUGUUCUCAAGACGAAGACCCACUUGUAGUCGUUGUCCACUCAGCACCAACUUAUACCAAGUACCGAAAUGCAAUUCGAGCUACUUGGGGGUCGUCGCCCUUCAAGGUGGUUUUCAUGCUCGGGGCGGUUACGAAUGAGACCCUGCAGCGGAGACUGGAGGACGAGGGGCGUCGGCACGGCGACCUGGUGCAGGGUUCGUUUAAUGACUCAUAUAGAAACCUGACCUACAAGCAUGUGAUGGCCCUCAAAUGGCUGCACUACCACUGCCAGGGGUACAAAUACGCCCUUAAGACUGAUGACGAUGUCUUUGUUAAACUGGACUCCAUAGUCACACUCAUAAACAAUGGAACUUUCCCUGAGAGCAACCACAUAGUGUGCGACGUAAUCAAGAGGGCGGAAGUGAAACGGUCCUGGCGCUCCAAAUGGCGAGUGUCACCGCGCGAAUUCCAUGAAAGUUCCUACCCAACCUACUGCCCUGGCUGGAUAGUGCUUUACAGUCAGGACGUCAUCGGCAGGCUUUACACGCUGGCACAGAAAGAGUCGUACUUCUGGGUCGAUGACGUCCACAUUACCGGCAUUUUGGCGCAGAGGGCACAAGUUAAUCACAAAUCCAUCAAGCCUUGGAGAAUGCCCUCCAAAAUGGUUUCAAAGGUACUUAAAAAAGGCCACUGCCCUUGGACUUUGUGCCGAGAGUUUGCUUUCGGAUCGUAUGAGUUAGAGCCUGAUGAAAUCAAGUUAUUAUGGACAGUUUUGUCCAACAGCAAGAAUGGUUCAGUGAUUCAAGUGGAUACAAAUUAAAAUGAUCUUCAGUCUUCAGUUUUAAGGCUUUAUACUGCAGCAGAUGGUUAGUCUGUAUUCAUAAGAGAAGUUGAUUUUUUUAAUCAAAAUAAAAUCAUUGAAAUAUCUUAUAUCUCAGGGAACGCCAAAUUAGUCCAGUUCAUAUCUUGUUCCAGUCAAUUAUUAUAUUUUCCUACUCAAUAAUAAGCAUACUUAUUACUGCUCAUCAGUUGCAUUCAAUUUGAUAUAAUGAGUUACAAUGAGACUAGAUAAAAUAUAAUACAGAACGCCAGUUUGAGAGUGAAAAUAGAUUUGGAUUUAUUCAUUACUCGCCACAAAAUAUUAAGGCCAAACUUUAAUGCUAGAAAAUCAUACAAACUUUUAAAGAGCCUCGAAGAAAGAGAAUUAAAGAUGCUUAAUGUAAUUUAUUGAACGAGAAACUAAAAUUGUAAAUAAUAAAAAUAAUUUAUGAAACACAAAAAUUAU